AUGAACCUCUGCGUACUCGGCGUAAUUCUGUGGAGUGUCAACGCGUUCCAGUUCGCCCUAGCGGACGACGGAAGCUUUAGUACCGAGAACGCUCGAUUCCGCUGCGGUAUCCGGAAGCGUUUCGGUGUACCGUUGAUCUACGAGGGUCGUACAGCCGAACUUGGGCAAUGGCCGUGGCACGCAGCCUUGUAUCACGGCGAGGACUACAAGUGCGGCGGAACGCUGAUCGAUCAGCACCACGUACUGACAUCGGCUCACUGCGUCAUUGGGAAGAACAAACGGGUUCUGGACGCCAGCUUUGUUUCGGUCCAGCUGGGAAAGAACCAUCUGGACGAGUACCAUGGGCAGGCGCAGAUCAUGAAUGUCAGCAGGAUUCACGUGCAUGAACAGUUUGUAACAAAUCGAAACGACAUCGCGCUGCUGGUGCUGGCCGGUGCCGUUCGAUACUCGGAGUUGGUGAUUCCAAUCUGCACCGAAGGUAUCCAACGGUCCCGGGGUGAAGAUCUGGCAGGGAGGCGUGGUUGGGUGGCUGGAUUUGGAGAGACGGAAAGUUUGGCGAUUUCCAAGGAGUUGAAGACCGCGUCGAUGGCGAUCGUGAACAUCACGGAGUGCGUCCAUAGUGAUCCGGAGCUGUAUGGUCGCUUCGCUUCGGCAGCAGUUUUCUGUGCAAGCGAUCGGAACGGUGCGUCUGGGAGCAUUAAGUGUUCUUUAGCUGAUUUUUUGUUGCUUGCAGGCACCAGCGUGUGUCGAGGCGAUAGCGGCGGUGGUGUGUACAUUCUCGAAGGUGAUCGAUGGGAGCUACGCGGGAUUACGUCCUUUUCCGGUAAGAACGAAAGAGGUAGCUGUGACGUUGGGAAGUACGUGGUGUUUACAAACGUAGCGUUCUUCUACGAGUGGAUCAAGCGAAGAACCGGAGGGGACGGAACAUCGGAAGUUUUUCCCAAGCGGAUCAGUGAAUUUAAGUGUCGAGAGUACGGCAAAUUUGCUCGCAAGCGUCAGAACGGUGUAUGCUACAAUUCGCGAUCUCCUCAUACGGUGGCUAUCGUUGACCGAACCCAGCGUCACAUCGCCAGUGGAAGUAUUAUCAGUGAGAAGUUCGUUCUGACAAAGGCUCCAAGCUUGCUCGACAUUUACAUAUCGGAAGUCGACAGGGACGAUCUGUGGGUGCGCGUUGGCAAUCAACCAGAUAAGAAGAUCGUCCGGGAGAUUCCUCACCCGGGUUACGAUCCGGAAACACUCCGUCACCAGGUGCUGCUGCUGGAACUGAGCUCUGCUUUGACAUUUACGAAGGGAAUGUUUCCGGCUUGCCUAGCCAACCCGGCUACCGAGAAUCUGUACGAUACACUGCUCCUGAACGGAUACAGUGGAAAAUCUGCCGUCGACUACAACUUUUACGAAAGUGUCGAAAACUGGGUCAUUUCCAACGAGCAGUGCAACGCAACGGUUAGGCAAACCCACCGUAAGUACGCCAUCAGCAGCAUGGAGCUGUGCGCCACCGAUCGGUACGAGGGCAGCACCUUCUUCUGGAGCGGCAUCGUUGGCGGUCCACUGCAGACGGUCAACACGCGCAGCUGUAUGUUUACGCAGAUUGGGGUGACGAACGUUUUGAUACCGCACGAUAAGGGCGGGUCGCAGCGGACUGUUCGCUUCACCAACGUGUACUCGCGGGUGACGGCGUACCUGGACUGGAUCGAGCAACAGGUGUGGGCCAACGAAACGGUUCCGGCCGAGUUGGACCCGGAGGACGACAGUGGGGUGGCGCCGAUGGAUGAGGAUUACGAUUAUGAGGAUUGAGUUGUGGGUCAAAAAUGAAGUUUGUGGAUACAAAUUUGCAAUUGAUUUCUCGGCUAUUACUGAACGAAUUUUCGCCGAAUUUGUUCCAUUCGAUCCAGAUUCGGGUAAUAUAUCUAGGUGUUGAAAAUUGUAAAUUUUCCGUUAGUUAUUCAAUAGUUAUACAAACAAACGGUUUUGUUGGAUAUUGAAACC